CCGGUCGGCGAACUGAAGGACAACUAGUUCGUAUGUUGCUUCUACAAGUCUGUUGUCAUCUGAUCCUAACCACUCCAUUCGGUGUUGUCUAUUCUUUGAACGCAUUCAAUCCGUCAACUCGCACACCAAACAUCGUCGGUAUACGUUACAUCUGUGUAAUGUGGACACAGGUUGAUUGUUUUCUCUCGUUUUUCCUGUAUAUUUUAUCGGGGAGUGUGUAUCGAGAGGAACUCCGCCGAUUGUUCAAAAUUACCAAAAGACAGAACGUCUUUGAAAAUCAUCACUUAACACUGACAAAAAGAAAUGAAUGUGGAGCAUAAAGCUAUGGCUAAUGAUGAGAAUUGUAUUUUACUCGAUGUUGUUUUCUAGUGAAACAAGUAUCAAGUGCAUUAAAUAUUUUCUUGCUUACACUUGUUAAUAUCAAUAUAUUGAAUUUGAGCUCAAAAUAAUGAAUACGCUGUUAUUGUAAGAGCAUAUAGUAUAUAUAGGCUUGUCUUCAUCAGUAUUUGCCGAAGAGUACGAAAGUCUUGUUGUAAUAUUUACGGCGCAUGCUUAGGUGAAUAAUCAGGUGAUUGCAGUUGAUAUUUGUUUUUCGCUCUGAUUCAAUCAAUUUCAUAUGAUAAGAUAUUUCUCAUAAAAUAAGUGGAGUUAGUAUUCAUCGACAUUCAUCUCUCCUCAUCAAUUAUGACCGAUCGCAUUAUUACAUCGAAGAAAAGUCAACAUGCGUUAGACCAGAAAAUGAUUCUAACGCCAAGCAAGUAUUUCUCGACUUAAGUUCAUUCUUCAAAUGAACACCAAACCGAUGCACGUAAACUACACAUACAUUCUUCUCUCCAUUCUUUAUUCUCAAGCAAGAUGUAUUCGUAUUGGUACAAUUUAUAAUGUCAGCUUGGUUGGUCAAACAGUUUCGCAAAUGAAUGUAACAUCGUGUGAUGAAUGUCUCUGUCGACUAGCAAAAAAUAUCACUUUUAUUUCGUUUAAUUGUCAUUUGUUGAGCAAAUCAUGUGAAAUAUUUAGAACUUACAAUGAAACUAUUAGUUAUCAACUAAUUAACAAUAUCAAUAGUUCAUUUUCUUUUAUUCAACUACCAGCAAGUACUUUAAUAACCACAGCAGUUACUACAUCCAUACAAACAACGACGACGACAACGACGGGGAGUCCGUGCUCAUAUACAGUUGCCGGCCAGUGUAAUUCAACUUCCGGAAGCGAUCGUUUUUCAUUGAAACAACCAAUCGAUAUUUAUCUUACUCGCAAUGAUAGCAUCCUCUAUGUAGCAGAUUUUGGAAAUACUCGUAUUCAACAAUUUCAGCUGUCCUCCAAAAAUGGAACAACGGUUCCAGUGUCUAUUCCCAAUGUUGGAGGUCUCUAUUACGAUGAUUAUGCGUCCAUAUUAUAUAUAGCUCAGACUGCUUACGAUAUAGUUUUCAGAUGGCCAUUAAAUAAAACGCUACCAUUGACUGGAGCAGCCAAGGCAUGCAGUGCAGCUGGUGGGUGGUUUGAUGGACCGUAUGGUAUUGUUGGUGAUGCACAAGGCAAUAUCUACGUGGCUCACUCAGAUUGUAAUACAGUCGUUAAAUGGGCGGCAAAUGCAACAACGCCUAUUCUCAUUGGUGGAUUAGGCGUGACUGGCAAUACUUCACGGCAUCUCAAUUUUCCUCGACAUAUGUACUUGGACGAGAAGAAUUCUUACAUUUACGUGGCAGAUUCAAACAAUCAUCGAAUUCAACGCUUUUCAACGAAUGGAAAUGGAAACCGUACUGGUGUGACUGUAGCGGGAGGAAAUGGUGCAGGUUCAGGAGCAAAUCAGUUGAAUACACCGACAGGCGUCUUUGUAUCACGGAAAGAUGGUUCGGUCUAUGUCAGUGAUCGAACUAACCAUCGAAUCCAAAAAUGGUUAACUAAUGCAACGUCUGGUGUGACAGUCGUAGGCAAUAUGAAUGGCACUUCGGGCAACACGACUUUCACUCUUAACCAACCUUAUACAGUGGUUCUUGAUCAAAAUGAAACCUAUAUGUAUAUUGCUGAUUUUUCAAAUAAUCGUAUCCAACGUUAUCCAGUUGUCUGA